CACAAAGUAACCGAGCAUUUUACAGAGCUACUAUAGAUCUAGCGACAUUUCAUCAUGGCCAGAUAUCUGCUGUUAUUUGUGUUCCUGAAGGUUCUUCUACCAGAUGUAGUCUAUUCCACUCAGUGUUUUGAACCUGAUUGCAACAAAGCAAAAUUUAACUACAAUCCUUUUAGCUGUCUCGCUCCAUCAUCCUGGGCUGCAAUAACACCUUGCUGGUCUACAUGUAACGGUCAACGACAAUCUCCCGUCAACAUUAUCAGAAACCAGGCAGUCUUUCAGUCAAAUCUCCAAAGCUUCAGUUUCAACAUUGGAGUUCAAGACAGGUUUAUGGUCUCCACUCAUAUUAAAGGAUUUAAGACAAGUUACAAAGUGGAGGAAGAUGUAAUUUUGUCUAAAGUGAACCAGUUUGGUCUUAAUGGAAAAUCGUUUAAGUUGGAUUCUUUUCACUUCCACGCUGGGAAAUUUCGUAGCAGUAAGGGAUCGGAACAUUCAUUUGACAAUGAAUUCCAACCCUUGGAGCUACAUUUGGUAUUCUACAACACAGAAUACCCGGAUGUUAAAACAGCUGCUGGUAAUGCAGACGGGUUGCUAGUUAUUGGUGUCAUGGUACAGGUAUAUCCUGGCUUUUCGCUGACACCCUUCCCUGGUUGUGAAAAUGAUUAUAAAAGGACCUUAAGUAACCUUAUGGGUGAAACACUGUCCAGCACUGAAUAUCCUGAUUCCUCGAGCUCUGAAGAAACCGAUUCCGUGGAAUCUUUCACACGCUUAAAGAAUUUAUUGCCAUCCAAUCGGGGAAGCUACUACACCUACCAAGGAUCUUUGACCACGCCUCCUUGCUCCGAGACAGUCACGUGGGUGCUGAUGAAGUGUCCAAUCAUCGUCUCAAAAUCUGCGAUGGAAGCUUUUCAACAACUCGAAAUUUCCAGCACCGGAGAGCGAUUGGGUGUAUACGGAAACCGCCGACCAAUACAAAGAGAUCAACAGAACAAGCCUUUUACAGUGCUAAAAAACUUUUGAUUUUGUUGUAGUUAUCUUCAUUAAUAUAAAUAACACUUGAAAUUAAACAGAUUUUGAUAAAGCAAAAUAAA